AUGCAACGGAGAUUUGUACGAAGAUUUACAACUGCUCAUUCUUUGGCACACUGCCAACGAGAGUGCAUAGAAGCACGUGAUUUUAUUUGCCGGGCGUUCAAUUAUAGAGAUGUAGGGUUUGGAGAACCUCGGGAUAAUUGCGAGCUCAGCGAUCGUGAUACUCGAGAAUUAGAUGCAGCUAAUCCUGCCCAUUUUGAUAAUACUGCGAAUGAAUAUGAUUUCUAUGAACGAGCAUUAGGACGCAUAGCAGAUGACUGUUUGGACGUGUCGCAAGUAUGCAACGAAGACGGAAUGGAGUUUACCUUGAGAUUGCCGGAAGGAUUUUACGGCCGUAUGUACACAUAUGGCUUCUAUGAUCGUUGCUUCUUCCGCGGGAAUGGUGGCACCGUUAACGUACUUCGUAUAAGUGGAGCUCAUGGUUACCCCGAGUGUGGAACACAAAGAUACGGUGAUACAAUGACUAAUAUCGUUGUAGUUCAGUUCAGCGAUAAUGUGCAAACAUCAAGAGACAAACGUUUCAAUUUAACUUGCUUGUUCAGAGGGCCUGCCGAAGCAGUAGUCACUUCGAAUUACAUCGGAGCCGGAUCUGGGAGCCCGAUUCCAAUCGAGUAUUUACCUGAAGAAAGUUCUCUUAACUCGAAGGUGCGAUUGAUGAUUUUGUACCAGGGUAGACCGACUACCACCAUAGCCGUCGGUGACCCUCUAACAUUCAGAUUAGAAGCACAGGACGGAUACAAUUAUGCUACUGAUAUCUUCGCUACAAAUGUAAUUGCCAGAGAUCCGUAUUCUGGACGAUCGGUGCAGCUUAUUGAUCGAGUUGGUUGUCCUGUUGAUCCAGAUGUAUUCCCAGAAUUAGACAAAGGACGUAGUGGGGAUUCAUUGGAGGCGAGAUUUAAUGCAUUUAAGAUUCCAGAAUCUAACUUCUUAGUGUUUGAAGCUACAGUGCGAACUUGUAGAGAUGGUUGUCAGCCGGCGUAUUGUCCCAGUCACACGGGCCGUUCUGAGCCUUCAUUCGGUCGACGCCGAAGGGAUGUCAACUCAACAUUAGGUGCGGGCGGUAAUGAUACAGAGGAAAUCAAACCCAAUGAGUCGUCUACAACAACAUCUAAUAAAUCUGAAGAAACAGACGCCGGUGCUGUAUACAAAGUAUCAUACGAGGAAACUAGUGUGGAUAAAUACCUCAAAGACGAAGUGGAAACCCCUAGUCACGUCAGAAAGAUGAUUGAGGUAUUCGACAACCGCAAUGAAUUGAUCGAAGAGAACGGUCCAUCCGAUUCAGCACCAGUUGUCGCAGUAGCUGGUGUCUGCGUAUCACCUUAUCACUACAGAGCGCUUUUGGUUGCGUUAUGCGUUUUGCUCUCAUUACUUCUAGCGAUGCUAACUGCAGGUUUAUAUAUCUACAGGCGAUAUUGGAGAGUUCUUCGUAAAAAUAUUCAAGCAUCGAGUCCAGCACCAGCGUUACGACCUGUAACACCUGGACCCAGACCUAAUAGGCCUUCUUUGUUCUCCGCUUCUCAUUUGCACAAACCCUUCUCACUCAGUGGUUUGGGGCGGACAUUCGCUGAAGUCGGUGAGGAAUCGGGUUCAGCUGGAAGACUAGCAAACGCUUUCGAUGACGGCAGCGAACCGAUAUACACGGAUCCUUCUCUCUUCGAACGUUCACGCUCGCUCCGCUCUCUGCACUCAUUAGACAUGAAACCAGAACGCCGCGACCACCGCUCGUAA